AUGGCCAACUCUACUGUCGACGUCCCCAACUUCGCGGCGUACACGCCUGCCGAAACGGCAGAGCUUAUCUGCCGCGCUGGUGUCAAGAAGGGAAACACACGACCCGAUAAGGUGUUUCUCUCUGCGAUAUUCGGUGGUUGCAUUCUGAGCUUUGGUUGCGCUGUCUCAUUGACUGCCGUGACGGCACCAUGGUACCAAGAGAAUGCCCCUGGUCUGGUGAAGCUCGCUGGCGCCAUUGUGUUCCCAAUUGGCCUAGUGACAAUCUUCCUGACGGGAGCUGAGCUAUUCACUUCGACGAAUAUGUUUACUAUGGUGGCGGUUCUCAAUAGGAGAUUGUCCGUCUGGAAGAUGCUACUACACUGGUUCCUAUGUUUCUUUGGAAACCUGCUGGGAUCCCUCUUUGUUAUGGCCCUGAUUGUUGGCUACGGAGGCAUCUUCGACGCUGAUCCCUAUAAGAAAGAGAUCCAGAUAUAUACUACCAAAAAGCAGCUCGCCCCUGCCGCGUACCAGAUCUUCAUUCGUGGUAUUGGAUGCAACUGGCUUGUUUGCAUUGCAUGCUUCUUUGGCACACAAGCCAAGAGCCUUGGCUCCAAGGUAAUUGGCAUGUGGCCACCAAUUUUCGCCUUUGUUGCCCUUGGCUUCGAUCACGUUAUCGCCAACAUGUUUAUCAUCCCUAUGGGCAUUUGGCUCGGUACGCCUGACUUGACGGUCGGGCUCUACAUCUGGAAGGGGAUGAUUCCAGCCCUCUUCGGUAACAUUCUCGGCGGCAGCCUUUGUUGCGGUGUGUACUUUUGGUGGAUCUUCUUGGCCUCGGAGGGUCCUGUGGAUAAUGACGGAUCUGGAGUGGGUGUUUUGGAUGGCCGAGGGAAAGCGACUGCUUCGGAUGAGGAGAGCAGGAUAGAAUAG